GUAUAUUACUCGCCUUUGUGUUUGUGACUUAUGCGUUUUAUUUGAGAAUAACUUCAGAUUAAUACGGACAAUUUUCACAAAUAUUUACGUGCUGUUUUGCGUUUUCUUCAAUAGCGUUAUAAAAUUAUGGAAGUUAAUAGAGAAGUGAUUCUAGCGGAUUUUCAGGCAUGCACAGACAUAGAAGAUGUCGCCGAAGCUAUUUUAUACCUCGAAAGAAGUAACUGGGAUUUAUUGGCCGCGAUAAAUAGAGUUAUGCCAAUAAAUACUCAACACUUACCAUCAGAAGCAGGUAAUGAUGUCGUGAUGAUAGAGGAAGUUCAGGGGCCUAGAAAUUCAGAUUCGCCAGAAAUUACAUGCGUCUCCAGAACCAUUAAUACCUCUACAAGUAUGGAAAUAGACGAAAGUCUCCCUGGAACGAGCAGACCAAAACCCGUCCCGCCUCCUAGAGUGCUCACAUUCCAUAUCACUCACGAUAAAACUGUUCACAAAAUCCUGAGUCUUGAAUCUUGUACUUUGGGUGAUCUAAAGCUUUCCAUAUGGGAGAAAACAAACGUUGGUCCCUGCCAACAAGUACUGCAUGGUUGGCACAAAGAACCGCCUAGAGACACAACAAUUCUCCAAACUCUUGAUUUACCACGAGAAAAUAAUUUACAAUUGACACAGCUGAUUGAUUUAGGCGAUUCUCAUUCUGAAGCAAUAAAUCUCACGGAUCAACUCUCUCGAACGUAUACUUUGAAUGUGAGGAACGAGAUGAACAACAAACUGUACAAGUUGAAGUUUCCUGGAACGCGCACGAUUUUAGAAAUAAAGAGAGAUAUCUAUUCGCUAACAGAUGUACAUGUCAGAAAUCAGGUUUGGAAAGGAUGGCCAGCUUCUGUGACAGACGACGACGUAACGCUGGGACAAAGUGGAAUUGCGUAUCCGGAACACGAUCUCUCAGUUAGCAAAAUACCGACAUGUGACAGUAAAAAGGAAGUCGUAGACUUGGCCGACACGGACAGUUCAGUUGGUGAAGUGGAAUCUGCAGACGAUUUGGAAGACACUCCCGAAUCAUGUCACGUCGAGGACGAUAUUUUUAUAGAUAAUAUACAGUCUACGAGGAUACAGCAUCUCAUGCCGGAAAAUGUGGACGAUGAAACGGUCGGCACGUUGCACUUUGCAGAAGAAUUCGAGAAGAGAUACGGCACUAGCCACCCACAAUUUUUCACUGGAACCUUGGAAGAAGCAAUACAGGAAGCGUGUGGAAAACCGCCGAAAGACAGAAAGAUGUUGGCCGUGUAUUUACAUCAUGAUAAUAGUGUGCUGGCGCACGUAUUUUGCACGCAGUUGUUAGGUUUUGAGACUGUGAUACAACUGCUAACUAAUAAUUUCGUAAUCUGGGGCUGGGACUUCACGCAUGAAUCCAACGAAAUGAAGUUUUUAGCGUCGGUUAAUCAAGCCUUGGGACCGACAGCAGCAAGAACUGUACGAAAUAUCGAUGUUGAUACAAUGCCUGUUCUUAUGAUUAUUAUGCGUACUAGAUCAAAUACGGAGAUAUUUAGAAUAGUUCAUGGCAAUGUGGGAGUCAGUGAACUACUCACGAAUUUGAUUCACGCUGUGGAUGUAUUUCAGGAACAACGUCAAGCCGAUAUCGAAUUUGAGGAAGAGCGACAAGCCAGAGAAAGAGUAAAGCAAGAGCAAGACAAAGCCUAUCAGGAGAGCUUAGCUGUCGAUAGAGCUAAGGAAGAAGCAAAACAGAUGCAUGAACAGAUGGAGAAGCAGAAGAAGGAACAGGCGGAGAGUGAAAGGCUUGCUGUAGAGGCGAAAAAAGAGGCUCACAGACAGUCAGUCAAGUCGAGCUUGCCUCCUGAGCCAGAAGGCAAUCAAGUGUUGAAAGUGCGAGUUCGACUUCCAUCUGGCGAAGUUUUGGAACGCAGGUUUCAGCCUGAAACUCCACUACAGAUCUUAUUAAACUAUUUAAUCGUCGAAGGUUAUCCUACGGACGAAUACAAAGUUCUCUCCACCUGGCCGAGAAGGGAUCUAACAUCGAUGGACACUACGCUCACACUGAAAGAUUUAAACUUUUGUGCACAGGAAACCGUGGUUCUAGAAAUGCGAUAAAGGACUAACUGUAAUUAAAUUUAAAAAGGCAUAGAACCUAAGCGUUGUGAUUCGUAAAAUUGUAUUUAUUUAAUAAUAAUAAUUUUCAGAUAGUCAAACGAUCCUUAGGGCUUGCCCGUUUCAGCAAUUACAUUUGUAUGCUGUACACUUUUCAUACUCGGACAUCGUGCGGCAGAUGUAGUUCACUUUUGUAAAAAAAUAGUUCUUUAUAUCCACGUACAAUGUAUGUUCAAAUUUCGAGAAAUAAAUUAGUCGUGGAAAUAAUUUAAUAAAAGAAGACUACGUUGUUUGAUACUA